AUGUCGGCUACAAAGGCCUCCAGAAUAGGGGAAGAGACGAGAAUCGAUAAAGUCAACGCGGAGCUGGUCACAUUAACCUACGGCACAAUCGUUGCGCAACUAUGCCAAGACUAUGACAGCGACUACCAAGAAGUGAACAAACAAUUGGAGAAGAUGGGCUACAACAUUGGGAUGCGGUUGAUUGAGGACUUCCUGGCCAAGUCUGGGGUUGGUCGAUGCGCCAAUUUCCGUGAGACGGCUGAUAUGAUUGCGAAGGUCGGCUUCAAGAUCUUUCUGAAUGUAGCACCAACAGUCACCAAUUGGACAAACGACAAUAACCAGUUCUCCCUGAUCUUCGACGAGAACCCGCUGGCGGACUUUGUCGAGCUACCGGAUGACGGGCGCGCACAAGAUGAGCUAUGGUUCUCGAAUAUCCUUUGCGGUGUGCUGCGUGGAUCGCUAGAGAUGGUUCAAAUGCAGAUCGAGGCGCACUUUGUGAGCGAUGUGCUCCGCGGUGACGACACGACGGAGAUGCGAGUGUCGCUGGUACGAUACAUUGAGGACGAGAUGCCGCCGGAGGAUGAGUGA